CCCGCCCUCUCAAGUUGCGUACGGCACCCUAAGCACGAGUGUCUAUUGGCGUGCCUGAACGGCCGUCACCUUCGGAGAGAUCGAACAGCCCCUCCUACGUCACUCACACACACACAAAAAGGGAGUAGUGCACUCGCCAGCGAAGCUAGAGUCAACGAUGACCGGGAACUUGAGGUGCGUGGUCGUGGCCGUCGAUGGCAGUGAGGAGAGCAUGAACGCCUUGACAUGGGCGCUCGACAACCUCAAGCUCCGAUCCACCCCCGGCGGCUCCUUCGUCGUGCUCCACGUCCAAUCCGCGCCGUCCAUCGCCGUGGGCCUCAAUCCCGGCUCCAUUCCCUUCGGUGGGCCCAGUUAGGUGAUUUGGAGGUGCCUGCGUUCACUGCGGCUAUUGAGGCGCACCAGAGGCGAAUCACCGAGGCGAUACUGGAUCAUUCUCUCCGGAUUUGCUCUGAAAAAAAUGUGAAAGUCGAAACCAAAGUAAUUGUUGGUGAUCCAAAAGAGAAGAUUUGUGAAUUUGUUGAGAAUUUGCAGGCUGAUUUGCUUGUGAUCGGGUCCCGUGCUUUUGGCCCUAUAAAAAGGAUGUUUUUGGGAAGUGUAAGUAACCAUUGCACCAACCAUGUGCAAUGCCCAGUGAUCAUAGUCAAGGGCAAGGGGACUGCCUGAUUAGCCAAGAUAGAACAUUAGCUUUUUGCGCCUGUCGUCGUCUUGUGCGGAUGCUAAUAGAGCUCCAGAUCUUGUUGUAAUUAGGAAGUGCAUUUGAUACUUGUGACCAAGUUCUGUUGAGUGCCAAGUUGUCGCAUUCAGGGCUGCUUCUUGACCAGCUAUGCUGUAUUACCACUCUUCCGCAUCCUUUGCAAGCUGUUUUGAAGGAGAAAUUUGUGUAUAGUGCAUUAUCUUAUGUUUUAUGUUGUUGUAAAUCAACAUUGUAUCAAAUAUAGCUUAUUUGUUUUUUUUUUUUUUUUUUUUUGUGUGUUCUUCUUCUUGUUGCUGGAAAUCGAAGUUGUAUCAAAUAUAGUUAACUAUAUUCAUUUAUUACCUACGGUGGGUAUUGUAUUGAUAUUUGUCCUGAAGAUUAAUUGAUUUCAUUGGCUGUUA